AGCCCCUCUAUCACUCCUUUGAAUGCCGGCUCUUGAUCGACACAAACAAGAUGGACGAUAAAUUACCACAUUCUCGAGUUACUACAGGCUCGGAUCUCGAAUCCAACCUGGCUAGGCAAGUGGUCACACACCUCAAAGACGACUGCCGUUCGCGCCCUCAUAGACAGCCGCGCGGGUGUUUUGCCGGAUUCGCGAUUUGUCUCACGAUAUUUCUCUUCCUUUGGCAUCAGACAGGACUUUGCUCACUUCGAAGACCAUUGUCGACAUCUCGAGCCCCUGGCCCGGUCGAGAAGCGUGCACGCGAAAUCUUAUCAAAGACCCCCUUCAUUGGUAAGAUCGCGUCACUCAUUGCCCCGACCCCUGGAUUGGCUUCUUAUAUCCCGGUCUCAAGACGGUCAUAAUGACCUCCCCAUCUUUGUCCGCGCUUUUUACAACAACCACAUUUAUGGAGAAGAUUUCAAAAAGCCAUUCGAGGAGGGCGGCAUGGAUGGCCACGUGGACCUGCCCCGUCUUCGAGAAGGGCAGAGCGGAGGAGCGUUUUGGAGUGUCUUCACUCCCUGCCCUUCAAACGGGAGCGAUUUCUCGGAUAAGAACUACGCCGAAAGCGUGCAGAUGACUCUGCAGCAAAUCGAUGUGAUGACACGGAUCAAGGAGGCCUAUCCCAAAGUAUUUUCUCCAAUGGUCGACAGCAGCGACGCAUUUGACUUCUGGAAAAAGGGGCAGCUUAUCUCACCCUUGGGCGUGGAGGGUCUACACCAGAUUGGCAAUUCGGUUGCCAACCUACGCCGGUAUUAUGAGCUGGGAGUUCGUUACGCGACCCUCACGCACAACUGCCACAACAAGUUUGCGGACGCCGCAGUUCUCGAGAAUCCGACACGCAAAGCCGAGCCGUACUGGGGCGGCGUGAGCCCCCUUGGCCGCCAUCUGGUCAACGAGAUGAACCGGAUUGGCAUGUUCGUGGACCUUUCUCAUGUGAGCGAGGAUACGAUGGUAGACGUGCUGGGAGACAAGGACUGGCACGGUAGCAAGGCACCGGUCAUCUUCUCUCACAGCUCGGCUUUCAGCAUUUGCCCCCAUCCCCGGAACGUUAAAGACCAUGUCCUGGAGCUCGUCAAGGCGCGGGACUCCCUGGUCAUGGUCAACUUUAUGCCAGACUUCAUCUCCUGCGUCGACAGGGGCAAUGAGAACGGUCUUCCUGACCUUGUCCCCGAGAAUGCUACCCUGGCGCAAGUUGUCAGACAUAUCUUGCAUAUCGGGAACCUGAUUGGGUUCGAUCAUGUGGGAAUUGGCUCCGACUUUGAUGGCAUUCCGACAACGCCGGUUGGGCUAGAAGACGUGUCCAAGAUUCCCGACUUGGUUGUCGAGUUGCUGAGACAAGGAGUGAGUGGCGAGGACGCAGCUAAGAUUGUAGGGGGGAACUUGCUCCGUGUCUGGAAGAGAGUGGACGCUGUCGCCUUGGAGAUGCAGUCACAGGGUGAGCCGGUUAUGGAGGAUGAUCUGCCUAAUCUUAUCUAAGUUGGAUAACAUAAUUAUUGAGGCUACUGCAAGAGACAGGCCUACCAAAGAAAAGAAAAAUUCCCUCGAUUCGAUCAUCGCAGGGGAGACGAUAAUUUUGGAUUUCAAAGGACAGACAGGCCAAGUAUCCACAGGGCGCACAUAGAAGAGAAGCCUGCUGGUGUACAAAACGACAAGACCCCCUGCUGUGCAGACGGUCAAGACC